AGCAACGCGAUUUGUGUCAGUCGAGAAAAUUAUUGCGUUUUUCAUUUUUAAUUAAAUAGAAUUUUAGUGAACUAUGUGAUUAAUACGUUUGUAAAACCGCUGAUUAUGUAUUUAAUAAUUUCAAUAUAAAUUUGUGUGAGACAUCUGUUUAAUUUGGUACAAGGAUUUUAUUGUCUUGAUGUGUCAAUUCUUACUUCGUAGCAGUUUAAUUUGUCUUAUAACCUAGUGGAUCUCGAGUUGUGAUGUGUUUACUAAGUGUUUUUAUAUUUCUGUGUUAUAACCCAAACAAGUGAUAAAAAUGGCCAAGAAAUCUGAGAACACUGGUGGGAAAUUGGUGACCAUUUCUGUUGUUGGGCUGUCUGGUACUGAAAAAGAGAAAGGGCAGCUAGGGGUGGGCAAGUCUUGCUUGUGCAACAGAUUCGUCCGUACAGAUGCUGAUGAUUACAAUGUCGAUCACAUUUCCGUGCUCAGUCAAUCGGACUUCAGCGGUCGCGUGGUGAACAACGACCACUUCCUAUACUGGGGCAGCGUGCAGAAGGAGCAGGAUGAGCAGGAAUACCGCUUCGAGGUGGUCGAGCAGACCGAGUUUGUGGACGACUCAUGCUUCCAGCCGUUCAAAGCUGUUGGCAAAACGGAGACGUUCGUGAAGCGCUGCACGGCCACCAAGCUACAAUCGGCCGAGAAGCUGAUGUACGUGUGCAAGAACCAGCUUGGCAUAGAGAAGGAGUACGAACAAAAGUUGAUGCCCGAUGGGAAACUGAGCAUCGACGGCUUUCUGUGCGUCUAUGACGUCAGUUUGGUCCCCGGCCGCAGUUGGGAGAGACAGAAUGAAGUCCUAGCAGCGAUCCUCCAAAACAUCCUAAAACUUAAGAAGCCUGUAGUACUAGUGACGUCUAAGAACGAUGAAGCGUGCGAGCAAGGAGUCAGGGAGGCUGAGCGAUUGGUGCAAAGGAAGGAGUUCAAAGGAUCCAUACCAAUUGUGGAGACAUCUAGCCACGACAAUGUUAAUGUUGACCAGGCCUUCUUCCUAUUGGCGCAAAUGAUCGACAAGUCUAAAGCUAGGAUUAAGGUCGCGAACUAUGCGGAGGCGUUGCGAAUAAGACGCGAAACUUUGGACUUCGUCACCGAAGCUUUCACGCAGCUAAUCAGAAUACACGUCCAAGAUCACAAGGAAAUGUGGUCGGCAGUGAGCAAAAGGUUGUGCCAUUACCCUGAGUGGAUCAAGUUCGUUCAGCAGUUCGGCAAUGAUGGCACUCAAGUAGUCUUCCGUCGUCACAUAAGAAGGUUGAAGGAGGAGCGAUCAGCUAAAAAGCUGCGCAAGCAACUUGCGAAACUGCCGCAAGUGCUGGCCAGGAUGCAGCUGCCCACCGACGACUUGCAGGAGAACGACUGGGGGGUGGUAUUGCGUCAACUGAGGGCGCACAGAGACUUCUCAGUAUACUUCAGCGAAGGGCGUGCGCACUCCGGGGGCUCCGGCUCGGGCUCGGAGCCCGACAGCCCUCUCAACGCGGACACCACCCUGAGGGUGGGGGAGAGGGCGAGAUACCAGACCUUAGGACAGUCUCAAAAAAUUCCAUACGAAAUAUUAGAAACGAACGAAGCAGCAGCGAUAUUCAAGACGUACCUACACGAAGCGCAGGAAAAGCAGAGGAACUAUGAAUGGUGUCAACAAUUCAAGCGUCUUCUAGAAGAAACUGGCUAUGUCACACCAGGGAAGCAGUUGUCAGAAGUUAGAGUUCUUCUGAUGGGAAGGGAGUGUUACGAGGCUUUGACUGAAGAGCAACAGCAGAGGGUGUAUGACGAACAUCAGAGAGAGAUACAGAGACGAGCCAAGCAUAACUUGCAGGAGCUAUUAUUGGAGCACGCCGAUUUAUUCUACCAUUUCAAGAGGAUAUCACCCACUGGGACCAUUACUCAAGAGGACAUCAAAGAAAUAACAGACGUUCUGCAAGAUGAUUUUAGAUACAAAAUGCUGGAUAGAAUGGAGCAAGACCGAAAGCUGAUGCUGUUUCAGCAUCUUGGAUUUGUUCACUGCCCUAUGAGAGAGCAUUGUCCGGCUGGGGCCAACUGUCUGGAUGCUACAUUGCCUGUUAUAUUGAACACUAGAGUCGGGUCUCUCACGUCGUCGAGUGAGUCUCAGUGCCACGCGGGCCCGCCGGCCGCGCCGUGGGCGUUGACCACCGACUCCAACCAAAUCAACCUUAUUAUAUUAGGAGUGGAAGGCAUAGCUGGGGAAUUCGGAAAGCGUCUAAUAGCGGGGUGUGAUAGCGAGAGACGGGUUAACAUCAACGGACAUUCGUGGCGCGUCGAACAAAGGCUACGGACGGACGACUUCGCCGCUGAACCGCCACGGGAUUUUGCACCUAAUGGCUACUUCUGCGUGUAUCAAGAUCAAGAAUCGUUCGAAUACAUUAGAGGGUGUGCCGAAAAAACGCUUUUAUCCAGUUUGGAGCAAGAGGAUAAAUUGCCCUUUCAGGGGUUGCCUUUAGUAGUGAUGUUCGUGCAGGACGAUGGUAUGGACAAGAAGGAGCUGGCUAGGUUACAGGAAGAGGGACAGAAUCUCGCUGACAAUUUGCAUUGUUCGUACAUGGAAGCGACUGUGAGCGAAUUAGGCACUGAGGCGUUGACCGCGGACGCGAUACAAGAGUUAAUACGAGCCAACAGAGAGAAAGCCAGCUACGCGCACUUGUAUCGCGAUCUGAUCGUCUGCUUCGACGCGGAUAUACGCAUAAUGGUUUGCAUGUUCUGUGACGACCCGUAUUCUCCAGAGCGUGUGCUCAGUCCAUUGCUCUUACAUCGAGCGUGCUUCCUCACGGGCGAUCGAUCCAUACUCAUCGAGACAUUUCUCGGUGAUUCCAAAAGGAAAGUUGAGGUGAUAAUCUCUAGUUUUCACGGCGCUAGUCAAUUUAGGGAAGAACUAAUACACGGCUUUAUUUUGAUAUACUCGGCGAAAAGAAAAGCAAGUUUAGCGACAUUAAAUGCAUUUUCUAUGAACAUCCCGAAUCUGCCCAUACAAAUGGUCGCGGUAACGGACGGUGGAGGCUCGGCCGCGAACACGUUCUUCGGCACGGAUCUGGGACACGCGCUUAUUACUGAGGGAAACGCUACUGCGGACAGACUGGGCGCGCAUUUCACCACUUACACGUCCAGUGCUGAGAAUAAAUCGGCAUUCUACACGCCAUUCUUCAAAGAGGUGUGGGAGCGGAAAGGAGAGAUUGAGCGUGCGUUCCGUUUGGAGGCCCCGCGCGCGCACAACGCACACAAUCCGCACAACUUACCCGACGUUGCGGCCGGACGACCCGCGCCUCCUCCGCGGCUACACUCCUACCAUCUGGAUCACAAAAUGGACAGCCAUAAACUGACUAACUCGUUAGACUUACUCAUUGGACCCGACUCGCGCGCCGAUAUCGACUCCGAAUACAGCGAUACUUUGAACAAUUCCAAAAAUAGAGGCUUUUUGAAGGGUUUUAGUGUGUACCCACCACCCAGCACGCCGCCGGAACCCGCGCCGCCCGAUCAUAGAAUGCACGCGGAUUUGUCACCCGAUCUGAACUGUUCGGAGGAUUCGCUCAGCACCCACGAGUCAGAUGGCGGUGGUCUGUGGCAACCCGCGGGCUACGGACAACGUGCGUUCACGACGGGGCGAGCGCGCGCGCCCGCGCCGCACCAUCAGAGGCUUAGACACUCACAGACACUCAAGCAACCGGGCAAAUUGGACAUGAACAACUACACUAUGGUCAGCGACGCGCUCCAGCAUAUCACAAUAGGACCACCACCUCAUCAACGGGAAAGAAAGUCGCAGCGAUCGGGCUGGUCGCACUCGAGCAGCCAACAAGGUGGUCACCACCACCAUCCGUCCGGCGUCAGCUCCGAAACCGAACUAGACGCGCAAUACGCACAGAUAAAGGAAUCGAACGAAUACAUGGAAGCGCCAUCAAUGACGAGGUUAAGAAGACACAGGAGACAUGAGAAGACUGCUUUACAUCAACCAUCGUUCUCGGAGACUGAUAGUUCCGGGUCGAGCGAGGCGUCGGGCGGCGCGCGCGCGCACGUGCGGCGGCGCCACGCGCACCACGCGCAUCACGCGCCCAGACAUUACAAGAAAAGGUCAUUGGGUAACUUAGUAGCGGUUCAGAGUCCUAGAGUGCCCAAACUGGGCAUGUUUGUGGGUCCGCCCGAACUGCCCACUGGAUAUAGAGCGAGGACGCAGGAAGAUAAGGCAGCCAGUGAGUCAAGUGAAGGCAGCUCCGACGGCGAGACGCGGAGGCCCCGGCCUUUGCCCCCUCCACCGCACCACGAGCCUACGCACAAGGUAUUAUCGGGAGAGUAUCCGUCUUCGGCGCAAGACAACUCGUCGUCAAGUGCCGCUGACUCGCGACGCAGGCCCACCGCUUUCGGCAAACACGACCGAAGGCAUAAGGAAUUCUCAAAAAGCAAAGACAAAAAAAACGCAGCUCAAAUACAAAAUCCACCCCCACAAAAUUGGGGUCCACAGGGUCCACACGGCGUGCCCCUGUUCGUAGAGAAGUGCGUAGAUUUCAUCGAGCGGGAGGGGCUGGCGUCUGAGGGCCUGUACCGAGUGCCCGGCAACAGGGCGCACGUCGAUAUGCUGUUUAGCAAGUUUUAUGAAGAUCCUAACAUAGAUCUAGAAGCGCUAGAUAUCCCCGUAAAUGCGGUGGCGACGGCGCUCAAGGACUUCUUUUCGAAGAAAUUGCCACCGCUACUCGACGACACCAGCAUGGCGCAGUUGGAGGAUAUUGCGGCGAUGCGAGGCUGCAUAGCGGGCGGCGUAGAGCUGAAGGACCGCAGUUGGAGGCUACUGGCUCUACGCGCGCUGCUCGCCUCCGCACUCACGCCGCCCGCGCGAGCGACCCUGGACUACUUGCUGAACCAUUUCGCGAGGGUGGCAGAUAACUCGAAGCUGAACUCCAUGGACAGCAAGAACCUGGCCAUCUGCUGGUGGCCCACGCUACUGCCGGUGCACUUCUCGGAUAUGGGCCGCUUCGAGAUGACGCGGCCCUACCUCGAGGACAUCGUGCAGACCAUGAUCGACCAGCACCCGUUCCUGUUCCGCGGCCAGGAGGCCUUCGUCAUGGUGUGAGGACCGUGUGAACCCACAAUGCAGGUUGCAUUCGUGAUGGACGACGUGUGACGUCAGCUUUAAGAGUGACGUAACAAAACGUGGAUUGUAACGUUUAUAUUGCCGUGUACCGUUCCAGUGAGGUUAUAUUAUAUGAUAGUGCGUAAGGCGGCUAUGGACACGCGAUUGUAGGCUUUAUUGGUUCCGAAUAAGUGUCUAUAUUUCUCUGACGCUUCCACCGAGCCGUGCCGACCACUUUUGUACGUCCGAUUCGCAGGCCGCGGUGGAGGGUCGAGCGGCUAUUGUUGUUGUAUUGUAGGGUUUUUAACGAUUCGGUAUUCCAAAUUGGCGGAUUAUUUUUACAAGUGUUGUCAUAUCAUAUUAUGCUUAGAGUUACACCGCGACGCUUCCGUAAACGAUAUAUAUUUAGGGUGUUAGCACACUGGCGAUUUGCAAGCGUUUUUUCAGCGAGACGAUUCGUAAACUGGUUUUCUGCAACGCGGAUGUCGCGUUCUUGCAAUAUCGCUCACUCACUCGCACUCGCGUGUACAUUUUAGGGCCAAUUUCUUUGCGGCUCAGUUGCAAGCAUGUUCACUUAUCGUCUUGUUAAAAAUACGUUCGAAAAUCGCCAGUGUUUAAGCCCUUUGCGCUAUUAUUUUGAUUAUACGUCGACUAGUGUAUGGGGAAGAUAGGUUAAAUAAUUAAUUAUAAAUUAUUAUUCGAUCGUGUGAACUGACGAUGUACGGUGGACUAAUAUCGGAUCAGUAUUUUAACGGUAGGUGUUAAUCAAAUUAUAUCGCAUUUCUAUUAGGCGUAAGGUUGAGAUUCCUGCACAAAAAGUAUUUAACGUAAAAAAAAAAGUAAAAAAUAAACGUUUUUUAAUCUAAGUAUUAUUGGUAUAUUUAACAUUAUAUUAUUAUUAUAUAUUUGAAUUAAUUACUAUCAAUUAAAGGCAACACCACGUAAUGAGCACAUUCCGUUCAGUCGUUGAGUAAUUAUUGGAUAAUUGUUAAUAUUAAUGAAUAACUAAUUAGUGAUAUGCGUGUAAGGUUUUGAAACGCUUAUUUAGGCGGACAGCAACGAAAUAUAACUUGGAUGUUUUCAUAUUUGAUUUAACUACCUUAUUACGUACUUUUGUAAUAUUGUGUGUAAUUCUGUGGGUGGUUCUGAACCAAAUAAAAUAAAAUUUCCUUGGCGUGGAUUUAGAUUUUUAAAGAUCCCAUUAGAAUUCUUUAAAAUCUUCGUCUACGUUAUAGACUUACUUAAGGUAUUUCUUUCUUUGGUUUCUGGGAACUGUCUAAACAGCCACCAAAGUUCGUUUGAUUUAAAAAAUUAUACGGCCUCAAAUGAAGUUAUGCCAUUCAAAAUUUUACCUUAAUGCUUUGUGUUAAGGAACAAAUUUCAAAAGCUAAUAAAAAUCUUGUGGCGAGUAUUAUUACUAACAAACGAAUGCUUGUGGCUGUCUAGACACUUCUUUAUUUGUAUAGAUUUGGUGACAGGCUCUGAUUGGUCGAUUUUCCCGCCAGAAAACCUACUGAUACUGAUGAUGACACAAACUGUAGCCAUCUCGCUUUCCCUCAUAGAGAAUGAACGAAAUGCAAGUAAUGCGUUGCGGUCCGACUAAAUAGCCGUUUUCGUGCGUGCACAAGAUUUUGAACAUGGCCGGGGAAUUUGAAAAAAUCGAUUUUGCUUUUUAGUGUGUUCUUUUACUCACAACCUUUUGUUUCUAAAUCUGAACAAAAUUUUACAAUAAAAUUGUACAUUUUACAAUGAGAAAUAUUAAAAUACGGGUUUUUUUUUUCAAAACUUUAUUUCUUAAGCUUAAUUCAGGAAAUGGAAUUUUUACUAAGAUUACUCUUGCCUAUAACGCUUAGAUUUUUGGUUCUUAGACCUAAUUGUUAGGCACCUAGUUGGUUGAUGAAAUAUUUUUUUUUUAUCUUGCCAUUCGAAUACAUAUUUAAGGCUGGUAAUGUUAAAUCAAUUAUAGUCUUUAUAGAGGCAGCUGAUACGUAUUUCGUUUUCGUAUAUGAGAUGGAUUUUAUUGUAAUUUUUUCGCUUACUAAUGAUAAACUAUUUUGAUCAAUUUUUUUCUUGAGAUUCCAAUCUAACAGCUAUAUCAUUGUAUCUUUUAAGUACGUCCAAUGCUUUAUGCUUAUAAUAUUUAGUUCUUAAUUUCUAUGUAUUUAUGGCUAUUUGUUUUCUUUGUACAACUACCCUUUUUUACUAAGGUUUUAAAUGUAUUUUUUAUACACAUUGUAGAUAAAAUACGAUCUCAUAAUUUACAAAAACCAAUUCUCGCUUUGGUUUCGGGUGUAAUUUGGUGCAGUAGACAUUUAAUACACAUAAAAUUGCAUUCUGCAUCCUUUUAGAAAAAAACAUGUGAGAACUUUUUAUGGCGAAAAAGAUUCGAAUUGGUGGCCCAAAUAUUUACACUGUAUAAUUUUGUUUGAUAUGAAUUUUAUUCGACAAUAGCCAUCUUUAGACAAUAAGACGGCGGUGUACGAUUUGACACUAGGCUGAGAUCUACAGAGCACACUUUGACUUUGCUCAGACUUAAGACACUGUUCAAACGAGACAGCGUUAUACCGCUGGCAUAAAUCUGUCUCGUUUUAACUGAAACUUAAAUAGCUGUAUAGAUUUCAACCAAGUUAACGCACACUCGUUGUGUUCAGUGAGGGAGGACAUUCCGAUUUUUUGUGGGAUAUCUGCGUCAAAGAAGUAUUUUUCGCCGAUUUUCGAUGGACCUACUAUUAUUUUAUCGGAAGUCAGCGACAGGCUUACAUGACCCGUCUCGCUCGCGCUACAGCACCAAAUUACUGCUUACGCCACACUACACUUAUCACAACUUUUUUUUGUGAAAUAUAUACUUUGUUUAAUUAAUAUGCUUUUACCUUCUUAACUCAAACAAAAACAUCACAUUGUAAAUUUUUAAUUUAUUUAAGAAUAUUAAUUUAGGCUAGGGACAGAUUAGAGAUGUUUCGCGAGCAGAGAAACCGGGUGUUUCAUUCCACUCUAAUGUAUCGUAUUGAAUAAGGAGAGCGCAGCAUUUGUACGGAUAAGACGCAACCCGUUCGCGUUUUUUCCGUACAUCCGUAACAUAGUACGGUAGACGCCGAAAUUCGGCAACUAUAUAUAAAUGUAUAACUUCACUCCUAACAGCUCAGGUUUUAUAAACUUAUAUACUUACUUAAACGGCUAAACUCGGGAGAAUUUUACUAGUUUUGAAUCCAAUCGGAGUCCUUAUUCAUGAGCCUGUUCAUGCGAAAACGCAAAUGAAACUGGAAUUUCUCGCGGUUUUACGCGCAAGGAUAACUUGAGUUUUUGGGUGGUGCCCUAAGCGAAACUGCUGCUUGCCUAAUUUCGGCUACAUUCGUCUCUAGCCAUAAUCUGAAAUAUAUUAGGCGAAAUCUUAAUAGUGGUCCGUUUAUGAAGCGGAUGGCCUAUUUUGUAUAUUUAAGUGUUUAUAAAUAGACUGAUUGUAGAAAUUAUUUUAUGUGCGAUAAUUAUUAUGCAAAAAAGAAUAUUUUUGUAUGCUGAUUUUUUUUCAAUUGAUAUAUUUUAAUUUUUAAUUUAUUUUAGCAUCGGUAUGUUAAUGUGGAGGAUAAGAUUUCAGUUAGAAUCUUUUGCAUCACAUAUUUUUUAAAUGACUCCACUUUUUGGAGCGAUUUUGAGUCCAAAACACUAAAAUUCAAACAUUAAAAAAAUCGUAAGUGACAAAAAUGUUAUCCUCUACAUGGAAAAACAUGUUAAAUAUAAUGAAAUAUUAUUGGCAACCUUAUUUCAACGAUGAAGUAUGUGUAACACACAGUACGAGGGUUAAUUAUGUAAAUUUAUUUUAGAAUGCAUUUAGAUAUACAUGUCGUUUUUAGUUUUAAAUUCUAAUCACAAGUAUCCAGUGCAAUCAUUUAGUUUAUCCCACAAUUUGUACACAAAAUGUAUCCUCGUGAAGCUUUUAAAAACGUAUAGAAGGAAAUGCAAUUUCUAUAUAAUUAUAAUAAUAAUAUAUUUAAUAUAUAUGUUUGCGUUUAAGGCCUUAAUUCUCUAUGACAUUGAAAUCAUGUAACUAAUAAGGCUCAAAAGGGCUAGAACCCAAUCUAUAGAACGAACUUUGAUGGUUCAGACUUAGAAUGAAAACGAGACAGAGUUAUGUAGAGAUGUAAAGUCUCGUUUUAAGUCUGAGCCAAGUUAAAGUGCGCUCUAUAUAUCUUAAACUAAGAGCGAUACGCAUUAUUGUGACGUUAGAUUUAAGACAUCUUCUUACAAGAAAUAUCAAGUCUGACGUUGUGUUAGGAUUUUAAUAUCAUAGUGAGUAUGAGCCUGGCAAAAAUGUGAAAUCAAUGUAAACUAUUCAUAAGUAAUAUUUAAAUAUACUAGAUGUCUCCAUUAAGCAUAGUUAAGGUGUAUUUAUGUAAGUUUUUAUCGAUAUAAAUAUCAUUAUAUUUGGCCGCCAUUUUGCGUGCGCGCUCCGCCAUCUUGUAACGACGCGUCGCACGCAAAAUGGAGGCAAAAUAAUCGUGUCCAAUAGGGGAAUGAUGCGAGGGAAUUUUUUAUAUUUUACUAUGAAUCGAAAAAGACAUAGAAUCUACUUUCGUUUCAAAUAUUAUUUUUAUAAAAAUUGUUUUAUUCGCUUCUCCUCACAGCGCUCUGGUUUGAGAUUUCCCUUUUUAAUGUUUUGAUUAAGGCGAAUUAUCAUCGACUUGCUAAUUUUCUUUCUUGAAUAUGAAGUGUGCGUCUACUUAGACCUGAAAUCAAUUGGAUAUCUUUAUACAAUAUUACAAUAAUAAUUGUUUUGAAAAAAAAAAUACGUUAUAGGUACAUUAAAAAGAGCGCGUAUUUUAUAAAAAGAAAAAGAAGUGGUAAUAAUUCGCCUUCGUGUAAUUUCUAUAUAAAUAUUCGAUGUAAAUAUUGUACAUUGAUUGAGUUUUAUUUAUUAAAUUUUUUUAAUAAUUGUAAAAUUUGUGGAAGCCAUAUGAUUUGUUACUGUAUUUGCAAUAUGAGUUUUAGAGUGUUUUUAAUUACUUACUAUAAAUUAUAUUCAUUUUUUAAAUACAGCACCUUUGUUUUUUAUAC